UUGAGUUAUCACUCCAGCCGAUUGGUAACACAAAAACAAAGGUGGUCUGGGUUAGCGUAGGUUAGGCUGUCUUUUCGAUAUAUGGGAGCGUAUUAUGAAUUAAAGUCAGUAAACAAGUUCGUGUUGAAAAUUUACCAGUAAAAUUUAUAAAGUUUAAUAUAAUUUAUUUUGAUUACUACUUAAUAAUAAAAUGUGAAGAAAUAAAGCAUUGCAUCUGAUACUUGAAGCUAUGAUAAAAUAUGAAAGAUUCAUAAUUAAUUAUCUUAAUCAUUCUAACUUCAACUUAAAAAUCAGAUUUGUACAAUAGAUACUAGGCCUAAUCAGUCAAGUAAAUUAGGCGUAUACUACUAUGUCUCAUUCCAGGAUAUGUAGGUCAAGACCUUUGUUAAAAGGAUUUAAAGUUUGGAUGUUUAUUACCAUUUGUUGCAUGUUAUUAAUUGCUGUGGCUUUUUUAACAUCUGAUGUUGGAACUACAGUAUUUAAUUUCCAAUCAAGAUUACCUCCUAUACCCAAUGUUGUGAAGUGGUAUAAUUAUAGUGCAGGUGAUCCUUUCAGUGGAGAAAAAUUAGCUAUGGAUGAUCCUAAAGUGGUGAAGAAACUAAUGAGCAAUUUUCUUUUGCCUCCACCUAAAUUGGGACCGAAAUAUACAUACUACCUAUCUAAUCCUCGAACUAAAGACACAUCAAUGGGACAGUCUGAAAAAAUAAGAAACAUCCUUCAUAACAGAAAAGACGGGUUUUUUAUAGAGUGUGGUGCUUUAGAUGGAGAGACACGGUCCAACACGCUUUACAUGGAACGAUUCCUGAAUUGGUCAGGACUGCUUAUUGAAGCUGAUCCAUUAAAUUUUGCUCAGAUGCUUCGAAAGAAUCGGCAUGCUUGGCUGUCUCCCACAUGCCUUAGCAAAACUCCAUAUCCUCAGAUCGUAUCCUUCAAACAAGAUUUCAACAUCGGUAGAAUCUCAGAUAAUGAAAUAGGACAACAGCGCUCCGGGUAUGUUGAUGUCCAGUGUUUUCCCAUCUAUUCAUACCUGUUGGCCCUCAACAUUACGCAUGUAGACUACUUCAGUCUGGAUGUUGAGGGAGACGAGUUGGAUGUUCUCAAGACAUUGCCUUUUGAUAAAGUGGACAUUGAGACUCUGUCAGUAGAGUUUGCUCAUGUGCCAGAUGGGAAGGAAGCUUUAAAAGAAUUCAUGACAUCCAAGGGCUAUUCGGCCGUAGCGGAGGUGACACACCCUGACUGGCUGGCCAAUGACUUCAUUUUCGUAAAGAACAAAAACUAGUAUUAUAUGUGAUAUAGUCUAGGACAUGAACAGAUCUGGUGCUAAAGUUUAAUUGUUACUGUUUUGCCUCUGCUUAACAUAAAGUUUGUACAUUUUGUGAAAAAUAUUUUUAUAUCUAUUAUAAUAUAGGUAGUUAUUUGUAUUUAACUUGUAGCCUUUAAAAGGGAUUCUGUACACCACUAAGAUAGAAGCAAGGCGUGAGGGAGAUUACUGAUGACUUACUAACACUCCUCUAUAGUAGAAUUACAACUGUUAGUAUUUAAAUUGUUAAUUAUUAGCCUGUAAAAUGGUAGUAAACAAUAUUAAGUUAUUACUUUAUUUAUUUGAAUAUUUAGCAAUUGAAUUUUGUUGUUACAUUCUAAGAUGACGAAACUCAUUUUAAUUAAAUUAUUUAUUUUCUUCCUGAAUGAACACUGAAUGUUAUUAAACAAUCUACAAUCAGCUGUGAGGAGUUACAAAAUGAUCUCUAGGAGAUUAGUCAAAACAUACAGAUGCAACCUGUUAUUGGUCUUUGUUAUUUUAUCAGAUAAUAGUUAAUUUGACAUCUAUUAUAUGUGAUAUUUUAUGAAAUAUACAUUCUUUCUCUACAUUAAAUGUGUGAUUUGGAGCUAUGUCUGGUUGUCAUGUUAUGAAGGUAUAUUAUCUCGAGGGAUAUACAAUCAUUAAUAAUCGAUUAUUCCAGAGUAAUUAAGAGGAUGGUGAACUCUGUUGGUCGUACAAACCAUUCCUGAAAACCAAUAAACUAAAUAUUAAAAGGAUAACAUUUGUGGAUAAUUGUUACUUGAUUAACCCUUUGAGUGCGGGAGCAUCGCUAUUUGCGAUCCUGUGUUAUAUGCAAGAAAUACCAGAAUCGCUAUUUGCGACUUCUGCAGUAACGCUUAUAUUUUAUAUAGUAUUUAUCUAAAUUGGCUCAAUGACUAUACAUACGCAUUCUAAAAGCUUCAACGUAACUUUUGAUGAAGGUUUUGUCGAAUUUUGGGUAGAUUCUGAUUUUUACGGCAGUUGUAAAGAGAGCGCGUCCUUGUCGAGUUUAGAAUCGACAGCAACACAGACGAGCCGUCACAUGUUUUGAUUCCCACUUCUCCUACUACGUAUACUUCUUGUGACACCUUUUAAACUAGCAAUUUGUACAAAAAUUGAUAUAAGUACCCCAACAAACCUGCAACCAGUUGAUCCGCAUAACUUUUGAUCCCCAACACAGUUCAUCCCUCUCCGGAUAAUGGGGGUUUGACUUAAAUAGAAAUAAAUAAAUGUAAAAAAAUCAUUAUAAUGUUUACAAAUCCAAAAGUGCAAAGCAGUAAAAGUUCAAAACUUUUGGUCUCAGCAUUUUUGUAGAUAAAUUAACUUAUUUCACUAGAGUUACAAAUCAAUGCUAUAACACAAUAUUAGACUGUUAUCAGUAAUCUCCAUUACAUCAUCUUUAAAGCACCGUGUGUGGCGCACUCUGAAGGAACAGUCUUGUAUAAAGAGAGGGUUUUGAUUCUACUAGUUGUAAGUGUGCAAUGUUUUUAAAUGGGCAGUAUAAUGGUGAGGGUCGGCAAUCUCAAAUGCUCUCAAAACUGAUCUUUUAGUAUUCCUCAGAAAGUGUUAAGAGGAAAUAAGUGUUGAAAAUUUCAAGAGUAUUAGGGACUGUAUCCUUAACCCUUAAAGCGCUGUAACUGUAUAUGUCUGUCUAAGUGUUGUUAGGACAGAAAUUACUUUUGCCCAAGUUUUUUAAUGGUAGUUCUAAAUUAAGUACACUAAUGUGAGCAGGGGGUAUGUCUUGGUAGUCUAGAAAUGUGCUGCAUAUCAGGUGACAACCUGUAGGUAUUAGUUGGCAAUACCUUUUGGUACCUGAUAUUUGGUACAAAAACUUUGUUUAUUUUGAUAAACUCUGUAAGUCACCUUUGAAGUAGAUGCAAAACACUUGUCAAGUCUGUUUUCCUACUGUUUGAAGCAUUCAGUUUUCUUGAAGUCUUCAGUAUUGAAAUUGUCAGUGACCUUUGCAAAGCUAUUUUAACCAUCUCCUCAAUCAAAACGUCCCCUUUUAGUGUCUAUUAAUUUUUAUAAACAUAAAAAUAUUCCAUGGGACUAGGUCUAGUAAAUACAGAGGACCGAAAAAAAUGACAAACCAUCCCCUUAGGCCAAAAAUUAUGAAUUACUGGUAGGGGGAUGUUUUUAUAAUGAAGGAAUCAGUCACUUGCUUGUCAAAAAUCCUAGUAUGUACUCAGCACAUCCCCUUUCAGAUGUCAUAAAACUUUCAAAUAAAAGUUCUAGCCAGAGGAAACAAAUCCAGAUUUUCAUUGAUUUUUGUGUGGUUUUUUUCAACACUUUUAUUGUUUCAAGAUGUUGAAAGACAUCCAAAACGAGCAUUGUUUCCAAAACUCAUCUUACCAUGUUUAAAAAGUACAAACCAUAAGAAAACUUGUGUGUGGCUCAUAAAAUUCUCUUUAAAAGCCUGCAGCAACAAUUUGUAGGUUUCUGUUAUUAAUUUUUCAAGUAGAAAACGAAAUUUCAAACUCACUUAUUUGUUUUCUAUUUUCCAUGACGACUUUGCAGGUGGAACAGAAUUUGUAAGAGAAACACAAGACUUUGUUCAAACGUAACCAUUAUACCAUCUGCACAGCUGUUUCGUCAAGGUACUUAACCCACCUGGUAGGCCCUACUACAUCCUCUCUACCACAUCUACAAAAGGCAGUGUGCACACAGUUCGUUUUUUGGCUCCCCUUGUUUUUAAAAACUCUUUUUCAUUUAAAAACUAUUGAGGAAUUAAUUAAAUUUUAAAUAAUAAUCUAAAGUUAGAUUGCCAGCAACUAUUUGGCACUUUAAGGGUUAAGUUUCUUAAUUGGAAGAUGUAAAAGUCUUUUAUUUUAUGCUACCAGUGAAUUAAUUAGUUUCCAGUUUGAUAGAAAAUAGAAUUUAGUCCUUGUGAUAACAUUUUGUUAGCUUAUAAUUUCAUGAUACUAAUUCUUAAGCUUUGAGGUAUAAUGACUCCAGAAAUGGUUCUGAUUUUAGAAGUUAUUUGGGUAAUUCCUUUGUAAGAAUUAUGUACAUUCAAAGAAUUAAUAUUGGUGAAACUUCGAAGUAUGUUAAGCUCUUGAAUAUGUUGUAAAUCUGGAGUUUAAUGUUUUAAUAUUAUUAUUUUCGUAAACUGUUUAUUUUGUUGUCAUAAUAUUACAUUUAUUAUUUAUUUAAAAGAUCCUAAUUUUAACCCCACAGUUAAUUUAUUUUAUGUGUAUAAAAUAAGAGGCCUUUUGUUAUUCAUUGUAAAACUGUUUAAUGAACUCAAGAACCAGAAAUUAGAAGGUGAUUUAGAAGAGUACAAAUAUUAAAUGUUUGACCAUUAUGUCCUAUUCUUGUGAUCACAUUUUAUGUUCUAUAACAAUAGGUGGUAUUGAGAUAUUGUUAUUUGAAUAUUUAUUUUUUACAUAGUGAAAAUAUAUGAGUGAAGUUGA